AUGUCGUUUACUCGAGGGAGUAAGCGACUUGCCUCGCAGCGCUUUUCGGCCCUGUCUAAAAGAUCGCCUCUUUUUGCCCCACGAUUACGCCCUUACUCUACCGCCGGGCCUCUGCAGUCCCAGAAAGAGCCUCGGGUGCCACCACGUAUUCGUUCUUACAUUGCCGUGGCAGGGUUGACGGCUGUUAUAUCCUUUGGAUAUUACUACAUCAGGGAUAGACCGGGAAGUCUUGGAGAAAAAUCGCGGUAUCUACAACCAGAAGUCAUUGUGCAGGAGGCCAAGACCAGGCAGAAUCUAUCAGCGGAGGAAAACCGGGAGUCACUAAGCCCCCAGCAUGUCCAGGUGAAGAGGAGUUGGGAGCGGCCAGGGCUGUAUGCAUGGGGUUCGAAUACAGGGUUAGUCGCAAACCCGGACUCGAAUGAAUUCGUCGUGAAGACCCCAAGAAGAAUACCAUACUUCGAUGGUAUGGUUCUUCGUGAUGUUAAGCUUGAUCAGAAUUUUGGUGCCGCCAUCACGGAAAACGGAGAUUUGAUCCAAUGGGGCAAAGGCUAUUCGAAAACAGAUUACAAACCAACGAAGACACUCAAGGGCAAAAAUCUCGUGUCACUUUGUAUUUCGUCAAACAGGAUCAUUGCGCUAUCCUCCGGCGGAAACGUUUAUUCACUGCCCGUAUCAAAAUCCGAUCAAGAGAAUGGGUUGAAACCUUCCGAAAACUCCUGGAUUCCAUUCUGGCGAACGCGCGCUGAAUUGAGUUAUCGCCCUCUGCAACCCCAGCUUGGGUUGGGCGAAAAGGUUACCGCGAUCAGUGGCGGCCUCGAACAUGUACUUUUAUUAACGACUUCUGGACGUAUAUUUUCUGCUGCUAUCGGCACGGAACAUUUUCCUUCCCGCGGUCAACUCGGAAUUCCUGGCCUGACGUGGAACAAUCGGCCUAAGGGACCAUAUGACUUGUGUCAUGAAGUUAGCGAGUUGCGCGGGGUCCGGAUUACAAAUAUCGCAGCUGGAGAUUACCAUUCUCUGGCGCUUGAUAAAGCUGGACAAGUCUUCGUGUUCGGCGACAAUGCUUCGGGUCAGCUAGGGCUACAAACCAAUGUCGCCUCUUCUUCCAUUGAUACCCCAACAAUGCUUCCUCUCGGCAAUCUCUACCCCGCCGAUGGCUAUGAAGUUAAAGCAUCAAGUAUUGCUGCCGGAGGCACAAACAGCUUUUUCACCGUCAGCGCCAAAAGGAUACUUAGCCCGAUGGAAGUUCCGACCACCGUUAGGGACCUUGGCCGAGUCACAACGGAUGUCUGGAGCUGCGGGAAAGGGUUGUUUGGUGCCCUUGGGACUGGGAAGUGGACUCAUGCCCAAGACAAACCUACAAAAAUAAAGACUCUUAGUGGCUUGUUUGAGUACAGCGAUACCGCGCAAAAGGUUGUCCCCAUAGGGAUAAGCCGUAUUUCUGUCGGAGCAACCCAUGCCGCUGCUGUACUGGGAAACUUAACCAAUGUUUCUGCUUCGAAGGACGGCCCCCAAACAGACACCAAUUGGGGCUCAGACGUUUUCUGGUGGGGUGGGAAUGAAUUCUAUCAAUUAGGCACGGGGAAGAGAAAUAAUAUUGCGUCCCCCACGCACAUCCGCCCUCCUGCCGAUGUUGUUCCCCGCGAACAUCAGCGAGAGGACAGUAGACUCCAAAUUACGCCUCGCCGCACUGUUCAAUUGGAUGGGAGAACAGUGAGCCUGGAGCAGCGAGUCGAGUGCGGGAGAUAUGUCACUGCAGUGUAUUCUGGUGUUUGA